AUGGGACAGUGGGUUAGACUGAGUUGCCUUCUCUUGGUGUUACUGCUCUCUGGCCCAGAGUUGGCUGUUUCCAGGAAGCAUGUCCUAGCCAGGAAUCGGAGACAGUAUGACUCCUGGUGGGGGAGGACACCAUCUGGUUGGGGGUCCUCCAGGCUGAAUAUUGGGGUGGUGGGUCAGUCCAGACAGCUGCAGACUCCUGUCCACAAUCCUAUUAGGGUGCAAUGUAUGGAGGAUGCAAUGGUGGUAUCUGUACAGACAGAUCUCUAUGGAAAUGGGCGGCUGGUGAAAGCCUCUGAUCUGAGUCUGGGUCCCAGGCAGUGUAUGCCAAGCUCCCAGAGUACAGCAACUACUGUGAUCUUCCAGCAGGGGCUGCAGGACUGUGGCAAUACCUUACAGAUGACUUCAGACUGGCUGAUCUAUAGCACGAACUUGACCUACAGCCCAACCCCUUCCAGGAACAGUCCCAUCAUCCGUACCAACUCUGCUGUGAUCCCCAUCCAGUGCUACUACCUGAGACAUGGCAAUGUGAGCAGCAAUGCUAUCAAACCAACAUGGAUUCCCUUCAGCUCCACCAUAUCCGCAGAGGAACGUCUGUCCUUCUCGUUGAUGCUGAUGAAAGAUGACUGGAGUGCCCCACGGACAUCUUCAAUAUUCAAUUUAGGUGACAUAUUCCACAUAGAGGCUUCUGUUGACACAACAAACCAUGUGCCUAUGAUGAUCUUCGUGGACAGCUGUGUGGCAACCUUAUCCCCUGAUGCCACCUCCAGCCCUCAUUAUGACAUCAUUGCUCAGAAUGGGUGUUUGUUGGAUGGCAAACAGGAGGAUUCAUCCUCUGCCUUUAGAUACCCAAGACCCACAACAGACCGGCUCCAGUUCACAGUUGAUGCCUUCAGAUUUGUUGGAUCUGAUAACUCCAUGAUCUACAUCACCUGUAACUUGAGAGCUGUUGCAGCAAGCCAGGUUCCUGAUCCCAUGAACAAGGCCUGUUCCUUUAGCAAAUCCUCCAACCUCUGGACAUCUCUGGAAGGAAAUGGUGCCAUAUGCAGCUGUUGUGAGACUGGAAACUGUGCUACAACUGGUAGCAGCCGGAGACUUAAUCCAUGGUAUCCUGGACAAAGGGGUGUUGGCAAGAGAGAAGCUCCAUCCGGACCUCUGUCGGACCAAGAACACAAAUUGGCGACAUUGGGACCUCUGCUGGUGAUUGGUGCGGAGCAGAACCAGGCUCUUGCUGUGACCCAAGAAUCUACAAAUGUGGAGCUCUGGGUGUUGGUGACCCUUGGUAUCCUGUGUAUGGCUGUCAUUGUGGCUGGAGCUUUUGUAGCAUUUAUUAUGAAAUAGUCAUGGUCUCUAAGCUGAGCAAAAAUAAA